AUGGCAAACCUAUGCUCCGACAGGGAGAUACAGGAGACUGGAUUGGAACGUUUUUGGGUCAUAAAGGUGCUGUUUGGGGUGCAACGUUGAAUAAGGAUGCCACCAAAGCUGCCACAGCAGCCGCAGAUUUCACGGCCAAAGUGUGGGAUGCUGUCUCAGGAGAUGAAUUGAUGACCUUGGCUCAUAAGCACAUUGUCAAGACUGUGGAUUUCACACAGGAUAGCAACUACCUGUUAACCGGGGGGCAGGAUAAACUGCUGCGCAUAUAUGACUUGAACAAACCUGAGGCAGAACCUAAGGAGAUUAGUGGUCACACUUCCGGCAUCAAAAAGGCUCUGUGGUGUAGUGAGGAUAAACAGAUCCUUUCAGCUGAUGAUAAGACUGUUCGUCUUUGGGAUCAUGCUACAAUGACAGAAGUGAAAUCUGUGAAUUUUAACAUGUCUGUUAGCAGCAUGGAGUAUAUCCCUGAGGGAGAAGUCCUGGUUCUCACUUACGGGCGGACUAUUGCUUUUCAUAGUGCAGUAAGUCUGGAGCCAAUUAAAUCAUUUGAAGCUCCUGCAACCAUCAAUUCCGCAUCUCUUCAUCCUGAGAAGGAAUUUCUUGUUGCAGGUGGAGAAGACUUUAAACUCUAUAAGUAUGAUUAUAACAGUGGAGAAGAAUUAGAGUCCUACAAAGGUCACUUUGGUCCCAUUCACUGUGUGAGAUUCAGUCCUGAUGGUGAGCUCUAUGCCAGUGGUUCUGAAGAUGGGACAUUGAGAUUGUGGCAAACUGUGGUAGGAAAAACCUAUGGCCUUUGGAAAUGCGUGCUUCCUGAAGAAGACAGUGCUGAACUGGCAAAGCCAAAGAUCGGUUUUCCAGAAACAACAGAAGAGGAGCUGGAAGAAAUUACUUCAGAGAAUUCAGAUUCCAUGUAUUCUUCAACUCCUGAAGUUAAAGCCUGAGCAUCAGAUGUUUGCCAUAGAAACCAUAUAGUUUAUGGACUAAACAAGCCUUCAGAGUUACUCUCUCCAUGUGGCAAAGAGGGCAGAAAACAUUGGGGAGUAUGAAUUUGCUCCAGUGCACGAACAACUACUCGGUUUUCCUGUGAGUGAGAAUGGCUGAGUGUGAGGUGCAGGCGGGAGGGCUUUGCUAAUGAGUGCCACGCCCUGCUGUCUCAGUGAACAUGCCAACGUACAAUUCCCAUUUCACACUUACGUUUCUGGUAGCUGUUUAUGUUAUGGAGAAGAAAAAUAUAUUGGCCUAUUUUUCUGACUUUUCCCUUAAAGCAGAAUGUCUUUUUCUCUUUGCUUAGUUGUGAAGAAGAGGAAAUACAUGAUAAAGUAACUGGUUUGAUCUCUUUCAUUGUACACUGACUGCUUCUGGACAUCUAAUAUUUUUUAGUUAUCUAAAUAAAAUGCCUCUAAAACAAAAUAAUGUUCUGUUUCUUUGGGAAAUUCUGAUACAUUUGAGUAUUAAAACUGGAAGUACCCAGAAAGUUUCUUCAUCAUACACAGCAGUGUGUAGCAAGUGACAGUUUGGUUACAGGAUCUGAGCUGAACAUGCCCUAAUUUUGAAAUUCAAUUGUAUAAACUUGAAAUUUUCCUGGGUGUUCAUUUACUUCCUUCCAGAUUGAUAGAAUUGCUUCUCUUUCCUCUUGAAAUAUGCAUGUUACUUACUUAAGAAGAAAAGCAAGUAGAAAGAGCAGAAAAAUAACUUGAAAAUGCUAAUUCUUCUGAAAACUACUAUACAUCUGUGUGUUUGUAUGAACAUCCACAUGAUUUUAUGAAAUCUUGCAAUAUUUAAGAUGUAUUAGACUUUUUUGUAUCAUAUCCUUUAAGUUUGGAUCAUUGAAAAAGUCAACUUUCUAAUUGUAUCAGUUGAGUAUAUUUGUAGCUUAUUUACUUUUUACAAUAUGAAGAGAUUAAAUUAGUAAUUUGGAAAUGCAGAUGAUCAGCAUCUGUUAAUUUGCUUUCUUAUAAUUUGUCUUUUGAAUGACCUUUAAUACUUUGCUGAGAAGAAAAAAAGUUAAGUUUUGACAGAUUUGUGACAACCAGAAGAAGACGCUACAGGAAGUGCUGGCCCAGGAGAGCCAUGGGAAGCAUGUCACAGGCAGAGUCCAUGGCUGUGAGGGCAGUGUUGUCCCCUGUCCAUGGUUAACAUGCCUGGUCCUCUGCUCUGUACCAGUAUUGUCAAUGCAUCAAGGAUUAAAUGGAGAGUCUGACCCUAAAUAAAAUAUACAUUCGUCUUUUGGAUUGGAA